GGGGGACGUGCUGGAGUCCGUCAACAGCAACAGCCUGAAGGUGUUUGGAAGGAAGUAUGUCCCCUCCUUCAUCCCGCCGAGAAAGUACACCGGAGAGUUGCUUGGGGUGAACUACCUGCUUAGGCAGACAGGGCAGCCCUUGCAGGACAUGGACCCCGACUCUGAGGAGACAGACCAACUGCUGGAGGACCACGCCACAGAGGAGGAACAGGCGGAUGAAGGGUUUGAGGAUGACGAACAGGACCUCACUAUUGGCUGUGGACGAGCAUGGCAUGCCAGGCAUGGAUUGGGUGGAUAGACUGGCAGAGUGCUUAGUGGAGCUGAGGCAUCAGACCAACAUGACCCUCGAUAACCAGCAGGUCAGCAACAUUGUGGGGCUGUGGCAAGACCUGCUGGAUUACGACAAGCAGAGGGUCGUGUUUGCUGCGCGGCACCUGGACAGGCUGAUAAAGGGAAGGUUCCGCCACAAAAAAAAGGUGGAGUUCACGCCAGGUGUGGAGAGUGUGGAGAGGUGUGUCCUGGGGUCCACUGGUUCGCCUGCUCAGUGGCCAGACUGCUGCCGCCUUGUGGAGGCCAUCUUCGUCCGGCUCUCGGACAUCCAUAAGAGUCCCAGGAAGCAGGGGAAGAGCAGCAUGUCCAGGUGGACUCUGAUCCUGCAGGACUACCGCAAGGUCCGGCAGCUCAUCCUGGGCAAUGGGGCCAUCAUGCAGGGCACCACCCUGCAGCUGGUGGAGGUGAACCAGUCGACCCUCUCCCAGUGGUACAACCGGAGGGUGAAGAGGCAGGAUCUGGCUGUGCUGCAGCAGGGCAUAAACUUGCCAGGUCCUCUGUCUGUGGCUACCGAGCCUCUCCCGCCUGCCAACGUCCGCCCUGCUGUUGCUCCACCUCAACCCCAGGGAGCAGCCCACACCUACCACCUGCCGCAGAGCACAGCAGGGCAGGCAAAGACCAAGAGGCGGGCAACAUAUGCAGCCACAGCACCACCUCCAGCGGUCCGACCCAGGCUGGCAGCCCAGAGACAGCUCUUCCCAGGCCCUUCAGCCGCCCUUGGAGCCCCCACUCCCAUCCCUAUCAUGCCCCGCCCUACCACCAUUGCCCCUCGCCCUGCUGCCGUCCCCACUGUGGUGUUUGUCUCCCGAGCCCCUGGUAUGAGGGCACCCUCUGCCCCCUCUCCAUUGAUGGUCCCCCAAGCCCUGCGUUUUGUCCCACCCUCUUCCUGCACCACCCACCUUCCCCAGCUUCGUCCUGCUCCUGGUCCAGCUCCCCGUACCCACCAGAGGAGAGUGGAGGCCAACAAAUGCUGGAGGUGUGGGCAGCACAGAACAGCAGAGACUGGCCACAGCCAGUAUAAGGGGACUGUUUACUGCCCCUCUGCAGAGACUCUGUCCAGAGAGCAGUGGCUGGAGGAGCAAAAAAAGAAAUAAUUCUUUGGGCCUUUGUAUAUAGUUUUCAUUGUUUAGAUAUAGUUAAUGCUUAGA